ACUUCCUCUAUCUCUCUCUUAAGAUUUCUCUGAUUUGAUAUAUUUUCUUGCAGAAGUCUUUUUCUUCCCCUAUUUCUUUUUUCCAGUGUAAGUUGCCAUUUUUUCCAGCAAGAAAAUGUCAGGAAAGAAAAUCGAAGUAAAUGUCCACUCUAAACUAACAGUAGUAUCAGAUACACCGGUUCAACCCGGAAAAACAUACCCAUUAUCCGUUUUAGAUCAUGCAAUGGGUAAACAUACACUCCACAUAAUUUUCUAUUACCAGUAUGAUAGAGUCGACAAGGCAGGAUCAUCAGAUUUAGGCAGACUAAGAGCAUCUUUAUCAGAUGUUCUUUCUUAUUAUCCACCGGUUACGGGUCGGUUAAUGAUAGAUGAGCAAAACGGUAAUUGGGUUGUGAAAUGCAAUGAUGCUGGUGUUAGAGUUUUGAAGGCUAAAGUUAAUUGCACCCUUGAUGAAUGGUUGAUGAAAUCUGGUGGCGAUGAAAGAGAUCUAACUGCUUGGGAAGAUAUGCCUAAUGAAGACCCACAUAUUUGGUCUCCUUUUCGUAUUCAGCUGAAUGAUUUUGAAGGAGGAGGUUUAGCCAUAGGCUUAAGUUGCCCACACAUGUAUGCAGACCCACAUUGCGCAACCAUACUUAUGAAAUCAUGGACAGAUAUCUAUCGCCGUCAAACCAUUUCUUAUUCACCAUUCUUCCACCCCCCUGGACUCCGUGGUCGAACAACCAAUCCUAACACAAACACAAAAUCUGCCACUUUUUAUGCUGCCAAGUCGAAAUAUUUUCCUAUGGAAACCUCUACAAAAAUGUCUUCAGCUACUUUCCGUUUCUCAGACUCGAUGGUCAAAAAACACCUCUUAGAUGUUCAGAAUUCAUGUCCUAAUGCAACUGCAUUUGAAUUCCUAACGGCACUUUUCUGGUCCGCUAUUCUUCAUGUGAAAUCCACACCAUGCAAGAUUACAGUUGGUGUCGAUUUUAGGAAACUCCUAGAAGCUCCACUACCAAAUGGCUUUUUUGGAAAUGCUCUUCAUUUUUCUAGUGUUGAAUGUGAUGAAGAAGAGAUUAAGAAAAGUGGGUCUGAGUACUUGACAAAGAUUGUUCAUGAACACUGUUUAAGUUCUCAUACUGAAGAAGAAUUUUGGUCUGCUAUAGACUGGUUUGAGUCGCAAAAAGAUGACGCAGGAAAAUUUAGUGCAGCAUUUAGUAUGUAUGGACCAGAAUUAACUAGUCUGAAUUUAGAGCAUAUGUUUGCCUAUGGAGCUGCUUUGGACGAUAAGAAACCAUUACAUGUAUCAUAUCACGUUGGAAAUUUAGAAAGCGAAGGAUUAAUUAUGGUGCUUCCAUCACAAGAAGAAGGUCUGGGACGGACAGUAAUGGUAACUUUACCCGAAGAUCAGAUUGCAAAUGUUUGUCAGAAUGAGGAUAUUUUACGUUUGGAGCCAAUUAUGCUUGUAAGUGGAAGACAGUUUUAACUAAUUAAGGAUUAUUGUUUCGAGGGGGAAUAAUUCUGUUUGCUGUUGUGAUUUUUGGUAUUGAAGGAUGGAUAUUGGCUGUGCGAUUAAUUAACGGUGUUGUUAUUGCUCGGAUGUCUAUUGAUUCUGAGAUGAUUAUAUGUUAUUUGCUGUAAUACUUUACACUUUUACAGAACGUAUUGUUUUUCUUUUAUGGAAAACCAAACAUCUUCUUAAAAUUUUACAUUUUCGGCUUUGA